UUUAGGCAGUGCAUACAAUACUGCUGUCAGUGCCUGUUACAGAGCAGAUCUGUAGGAACUUGGCAGUAGAGAUAGAAGCUCACAGAUUUACAAGAUGAGCUGUGGAAAAGAACCUGUAGUGAUUGUGUCUGCAGCUCGCACUGCUAUAGGCUCAUUCAAUGGAACUCUGUCUAGCAUUCCUGUACAUACCCUGGGGUCUACUGUGAUCACAGAAGUUUUAAGAAGAGCAAGUAUUAAACCAGAUGAAGUCUCUGAAGUGAUAUUUGGACAUGUACUAGCUGCAGGUACCGGUCAGAACCCUGUUCGUCAGGCCAGUGUAGCUGCAGGUGUUCCCUAUAGCAUUCCAGCAUGGAGCUGCCAGAUGAUCUGUGGGUCUGGCUUAAAGUCGGUGUGUCUUGGAGCUCAGUCUAUAAUGACCGGGGAAUCUGAUAUUGUUGUAGCUGGUGGCAUGGAAAACAUGAGUAGGACACCUCAUUUAGUUCACAUGCGAGCUGGAGUGAAAGCUGGGGAUGUUUCUUUGCAAGACAGUAUACUCUGUGAUGGUCUCAAUGAUGCAUUUUACAAUUACCAUAUGGGAAUAACUGCUGAAAAUGUGGCAAAACAAUGGAACAUUUCUAGACAAGAACAGGAUAAGCUUGCAGUCCAGUCACAGAACAGAACAGAGGCAGCACAGAAGGCUGGUUAUUUUGACAAAGAGAUUGUAUCAGUUUCAGUGCCCUCCAGAAAAGGUCCGGUGGAUGUUAAAACAGAUGAGUUUCCUCGACAUGGAAGUAAUUUAGGAGCAAUGGAAAAAUUAAAACCUUAUUUUCUGAAGGAUGGAAGUGGUACUGUAACUCCAGCUAAUGCUUCUGGAAUUAAUGAUGGAGCAGCUGCCGUAAUUCUUAUGAAGAAGUCAGAAGCACAACACAGAGGCCUUUCUCCACUGGCACAGAUUGUCUCAUGGGCUCAAGCAGGCUUGGAUCCAUCCGUUAUGGGAGUUGGACCUAUUCCAGCUAUUAAAAAAGCGGUUGAAAAAGCUGGAUGGAGCCUUGAUGACGUUGACGUGUUUGAAAUAAAUGAAGCUUUUGCUGCACAAGCAUUAGCAGUGGUCAAAGAACUGGGUCUGAAUCCUGAAAAGGUCAACAUACAGGGCGGAGCUAUAGCCCUUGGUCACCCACUUGGAAUGUCUGGCUGUCGAAUUUUAGUUACUCUUCUUUAUGCCCUGGAAAGAACUGGAGGAAAGAAAGGCGUAGCAUCACUCUGCAUUGGUGGAGGCAUGGGGAUAGCCAUGUGCGUUGAAAGAACAUGAUACUUUACCUUUUUUUGUAUAUUUAUAUUAAAAGAAAAAAGUGCUGCUUCCAAAUGGUAAUUUUAAAAUGACAAUUUGUUUAAAGGGAUAGUAUUUAAUUUUUUUCACUUUUUUUAAUGUGUUCCGUGUUAUCUAUUUUAACUACUAGAAUGUAUUAAAUUGUUUACAAACAGCUCCUUUGUGUCGUUUGAAAUAGACGAUUUUAUCUGUUGUAUCCCCACUUAAACAUUUUAGUACUGGUUAUAAAAAAAAACUAAAUGCUCCCAGUGGAGAAAUGACAGAUACUAAAAUGUACCAUUCAUAUACAAAAAUAUCUAAUGGAUCAAUGUCCCAUACAUUUUAAACUCUGUAGCUGGUAUAACACAUUAAGGGGAAACCAGUUUUGUCGUACACACUGUCCCUUUAAGCAACAGCAUUUUAAAAAAUACAGCUGACAAGAUAUGCAUAUUUACAUUCCAUAAGGUCCGAUGUGUACUCAAGCAAUCAGAGUACAAUAAAGGUUGUAUCUCACUAUCCUCUUGCUUUAAUAAAAUAGUAAUUUGUAAGAAAUACUCAAGAUUUUAAUUUUUACCAGCAAUAUUGGCUUUUUGCAACUGUAGUGUUAAAAUAUGACCAAUAUGCUACAUUUUCACCUUUGUAAUACAGCUUUAUUAAUUAUACAUGUGUAUGAUGAAUGAAAAUAAAGUUUCAAGAAACAAAAA